GUGUGUCACUGAAAGCAGUGUGUGAGAGCUGCACAUGUAUGAAGGAGUAUGUGUGUGUGCAUGUGUGUGCGUAAUGGGCUCUGGACUCGUUGAACCUGUGCGACAGUGUCUCUACCGGGAAGCUUCAGAGCUGUUUGAGCAGUGACUCGUCUCAGCGCCACCUCCUCCUCCUCCUCCUCUUCAUCCUCCUCAUCCUCCUGUGCUGUGAUGCCCAGCGCCUGAUGCGCUCAGAGGACACAGGCGAGAGGGGCGUGAUGGCCGGACGCGCCCUGUCUCGGUCAGACAUCUCCACUUAUCCGCCCGGGCUUCCGUUGGCUUCUUCUCCUGAUCCCCUUCAACCCUCAUCAAUGUCCUUCCUGUGCGUCUCCGUGGUGAAGCUGCCCGCCCUCCUGCCGCCGCGCGCUCUGAAUGGAUGCUCCUGUCAUCACGCAUAUCAGGCUCGCAGUGAGAGCCCAUGAUCUGGACCGGGACUACAUACAGCUUUAGGUGCACUGUGACUCUACUGAUCUUUUUUUAAGGCUUCACCUUUUCACUUUACAGCUGCUGUUCAUCACAUCUCUGGUGACGUAUGAUGCGGGACAGUUGUUAUUCUGACUGGAAUCAAGAUUUUUCUUUUUCCUCAUGAGUGAAGAGGCUGGACUGAGCAUCAAAUAAGAUGCGGGUGCUGCACACGAAAAUAAGGUCAAGUAAAUAAUUACCAUCAGACGCCAUAAUGAAGAUGAAUUUGUCUGAGUAGCAGCACAUAAAUCCAGUGUGCGGAUUUUAAUUGGGUGUUUUCUAGGAACAAAAGAGCCCUUGGACUGUACUGACAGUGUGCUGAAGGCUGUUGGCAAGACUGGAUUUCUAUUGUGCCACGAAAUAUUUCAGCGAACAAAGAAAUCUGAGACUGACAGUACAAUUCGAAACACAGAAGUUGGGGUUUAGGGAAUGGAUGAAACCAACAGACUUUCUGUGAUUGUAUCUCCCGAGGAGGAACUUCAUCUUCCCUCAUGUAAGUUUCCUACCUCUGCUGUGCCGUCAGAUCCUUUCAUAUCCCCAUACGCUGGUGAACUGUCAGUUGUUUAUGUCACUCUGUCUGGUUUCAUUCAUUAACUGCGACUCCACUGAAGCCUGACCACAUGAGUGGAGGCGGCGCCCUGCAGCAACGCACCACCUACCUCAUCUCCCUCACCCUGGUCAAGGUAGAGGCUGUGGAGGAGAAUGGAGAGAAGGCCAGGAAAAGCACUCAGGGGAAAGAGGUGGAGGCCGAGUCAGGAGGACUGGCAAGGGAGGAGGACGGGGUCAGAGUGGAGGCUGAAGGUGGAGCCCCUGCACAGGCUGAGAAUGGGGCUGGAGUGAUUUCAGGGCAGCCAAAAAGUGCUGAGGAUGCUGCUGUUGAGAAGUUAAAUGUUGAACCUGAGGCUGGAGAGAGAGGAGCCCUCAGCCCUUUGAAGGAUAAGCCACCAUCCACCGUUGAUGUCCUGAGUAAAGGAGGUGAAAAGCCACCGCCCAACCUCUCGAUCCCCUUACCUGCUGAAAGAGCAACACUUCAGAAGACAAAGUCUGCAGAGACAGAAGUAACAAGAGUUGAGAGUCUUUUCACACCUGAGGCAAAGCAAUGCAGGUCUCCAUCUCUCAUCACAACACCACCAACGGAGGUGUGCGUCGAGCCCAGUCGCACCCCAACCAGGACCAGCCUCCCUCUCCGUCCUGCAGGACAGCGGCCUGUGAGUCUGCUGAAGUCUCACAGCAGUGUGGCCACCCGCGGUCGUGACUCCAGGGACGGUAGAGAGCGUAGUCCCACCUCGGCCCAGAGCCUCGACCGAAAGGACUGCCGGAUGGUAACACGCUCUCCAGGGCCCUGCAGAGCUUCCUGGGCUGAGGCGAGCAGACCUGAAGGCUGGAGGGAUGAAGUGCACGCAGGAAUACCGUUAGAGACUGGAGCUGGAAUGGCUGCAGUGAUGAGAGACCUCCCCAGGAAGGAAAGACUAAAGGCAAGUUCGAGCUCCCUACCUGCACCUACCCAGGCCUCCAAGCCGGGACGCAAAGGUAAAAGCCGCACACUGGACAACAGUGAUCUAAACAGUCUCUCUGAAGACCUGGGGCUGGUCAGGGAGGCCCAGCAGGCACAGGGCCAACGGGGCUCCACUAAAGACAGGAAGAUGCUUAAGUUUAUCAGUGGCAUUUUCACGAAGAGCAGCUCUGGGGCAGCGGGGUCAUCCUCCACAGCACCUCCUGUCUAUAUACAGAGAGACUCCAGUGAGGAAGAAGUAAAUAUUGCCAACAGUCAGGAGUGGACGCUGAGCAGAUCCAUCCCUGAGCUGAGACUGGGCAUUUUGGGAAGUGUGAAAAGCGGGAAGUCAGCACUGGUCAACAAAUACAUUACAGGCAGUUAUGUUGCACUGGAGAAGUCGGAUGGGGGCAGGUAUAAAAAGGAAGUGCUGGUGGAUGGACAGAGUCAUCUGUUACUGAUCAGGGAGGAAGCUGGACCACCUGACGCGCAGUUCAGCAGCUGGGUUGAUGCAGUGAUUCUGGUCUUCAGUCUGGAGAACGAGGCCAGUUUCCAGGAUCUGUACCAGCUCUACAGUCAGCUCGUUGCGUUCCGCACAGACAUCCCAGUCAUAGUGGUUGGCACCCAAGAUAAAAUCAGUAGCACCAACCCUCGCGUGAUUGAGGAUCAGAGAGCCAGGCAGUUGUGCAUCGAUGUGCGCCACUCGCUGUUUUACGAGACCUGCGCCACCUAUGGGUUCAACGUGGAUCGAGUGUUUUCUGAAGCUGCCCAAAAGAUUGUAACUCAGAGGAAGCAGGCGGCGCUGCAGGCCUGCAAGUCUCUUCCUAACUCUCCCAGUCACUCUGGAGGCUCCACACCUGGAUCAGCAUCGCUCCCGGGCCAGGCCAGUAAUGGCCUCAGUUGUGGCUACGCCUACUCCCUCCCCUCCACCCCUGUGGUCGGUCACAGAGAGCUGCGGGUUGCACAGGGAGAGGGGGGAGGCAGCAUUAACUCACGUGCGCUGAAGAACAUCCCCAGACGACCCUCGCUCUUCAAGAACCGGGACACGGAUAAGAAAGCUGGUGAUGGUAAAGGAGACCUGAGCAGUGUGCGGGGCGUUCCCAUCAAACAGGGUAUCCUGUGGAAGAGAAGUGGUAGCUCUCUGAACAAGGAGUGGAAGAAGAAAUAUGUCACCCUUUCCAACAACGGCACACUGUCUUACCACUCCAGUUCCAAUGACUACACACAGAAUAGCCAUGGAAAAGAAAUUGACUUGCUUCGCGUGACGGUGAAAGUUCCUGGGAAACGUCCUCCGAGAGCUGUCGUUCCUGCUGUUCCCUCACCAGUUCCCCCGAGUUCUGUACCUGGAGUUAAUGGCCUGAGUAAGGAGCUGCCAGCUGCUGAUGGCAUCAGUACAGUUCCUCAGUUGUGUCCAGCCACACUGUCAGUGGUUGAUGAUCGCACUGGUGGUUUGUCCCCUCAAGGUGGAGAGAGAGGACUUCAGCGCUGCCCGUCCUCAUUGUCCACCAAAGCACAAAGUGUUGAUGCCCUUGAAGGGACAGCCAGUCCUUUUGCUGGAAAGGAUCCCAGUCAGUCAUCUCCCAUGAGCGACAGGAAGAAGAAUAGGAGGAAGAAGAGCAUGAAUCAGAAAGGGGAUGCAGCCGUCGGACAGGCUGAAGAGGAGGAGAAUUCAGACUUCAUCGUGGUGUCGUUCACCGGGCAGAAUUGGCACUUUGAGGCUCAGAGUCAGGAGGAGAGGGACUCAUGGGUGUCGGCGAUAGAGAGUCAAAUCCUGGCAAGUCUUCAGUCCUGUGAGAGCGGCAGAAACAAGGCACGUCGGAGCAGUCACAGUGAGGCUAUGGCGCUUCAGGCCAUCCGUAACGCCAAAGGCAACAGUCUGUGUGUGGACUGUGAAGCACAGAAUCCCACCUGGGCCAGUCUCAAUCUGGGUGCACUGAUCUGCAUCGAGUGCUCUGGGAUCCAUCGAAAACUGGGGACUCACUUGUCUCGUGUUCGCUCGCUGGACCUGGACGACUGGCCAGGAGAACUCACUCAAGUCCUGGCUGCCAUUGGCAACCACAUGGCCAACAGCAUCUGGGAGAGUUGCACACAGGGCAGAACCAAACCCACGCCUCAUGCAACACGUGAGGAAAGAGAGUCCUGGAUUUGUGCAAAGUAUGAGCAGCGGGCAUUUGUAGCACCUCUUCAGCCGGCCUCUGGGACCCAGCAGCUCGAGGACAGUAUGCCAGUGUGGCUGCUGUCUUCAGUGACUGAGCGGGAUCUGCCCAGACUGCUGCAUCUUCUCGCUCACAGCACCAAGGAACAGAUCAAUGCGCUUCUGGCUGGGUCGACGUCGCUGCCUCGCUCGGCCCUGCACGCUGCUUGUCAGCUGGGAGAUGUAGUCAUGACCCAGCUGCUUAUUUGGUAUGGGAUCGAUGUAAAAGCAAAAGAUAACCAAGGCCAGACCGCCAUGAUGAUCGCCAGAAAAAAUGGGAGCAAAGGCUGCGCUGAUAUUUUGCUGCAGCACGGCUGUUCAAACGAGGCGUCCCCCACCACUGCCACUCCCGUCCUCUCCCGCCGCUCCAGCACGACCAGCCUGGGCCGGACCAGCUCCAGGAAGCGAGUGUCGUAGCGGGGACUGAAGAUGCUACCACAGAAAGGGCUGGCAGUGAAAAUGUAAUAACCUGUGGGAUGCAGGCAGAGCUAUGGACAUGGAUGUAUUAUAAUAAAAAUGACAGGACUAUAUCAUAGUUUUAAGGAUAAAAAAAAACAAAACGCUUCUGAAGAAUGAACAACAUAUCAAACACCUUAAAAGCAAUAUUCAUUCAAUUUGUUGAUGACAGAUAUAUUGCUGAAAUACUGUGUUGUUGUUGACCUCAUUUCAAAAUGACUCAAGUAGAACUUUGUAGCCAUCCUCUGUAAUUUUCGCGAGCAGACACUCGCUCUGCUUCGGUUUCACUUCCUCCAGAAGAAGUGCAAUAAUCCUGCUACUAUGACGAAAAGAGCAACAAGUUUUAAUCAGAGUGAACUGUGAUGGAUGACAUGGUGGUCGCUACUGUGAGAGAAAGAUUACACCAAAAAAGGUGGUGCUCUUAUUCAAAUUUGCUGUGACUGGACCAAAACAGCUUUUGUUUUCCUUUGGCUUUACAAAUACAACAUAAACAUACAGUAUGUCAUGUUCUUAGUUAUGUGUGCCUGUUGCAGCAGUAGAAACCUCAGUUUAUAUAUAAUAAACAAACCAGCUGAGAUAAUUCUGCUUAGUCUAGAAACAUGAAUGGUUUGGAAUAUGAAAUGUGUCAGUGUUACUCUCACAGGUCAAAGAUAUGGUGUUUUAUUAAACUGUAAAUGUACCUAUACUACAAACUCAAUGUGAACUCUGUAACGACGACACAACUGAAGAAUCAGACUCAGUUUUGUAAAUGAUUUCUUACAGGUAGUUUUGAAAAUA